AUGGAUGUUCAGCAACUGUUGAUGCCAGCCAUUAUGAUCAGUGCUCUUUCCAACACUAACUCCACCAGACACCAUUUUAAGCACCUUGCCCAUUAUCAUUCCUAUAUGCUCUUCAGCACCAUUCUUGAGCAUCUAAUUAUUGUGGGAAAAUUGACUGAUGUGGAAAAUUCUGGAAAGGAGGAGAAACAGACUAAAGCCUCAGACAACAGGCGCAUAAAGAGAGAAGUGAGUGCUGUAGGAGCAACUCUGAUCUACCUCCUGAGUCCAAGAUUUUUGAUUUAUGUAAGCUGUGCCUUGUCAAUAUGGGGAGAUGGAAUGUGGCACUUUGCUAUGUCUGUGUUCCUGAUAGAGCUCUAUGGACACAAUCUUCUCCUUACUGCGGUGUUUGGCUUAGUGGUGGCCGGCUCUGUGUUAAUAUUUGGGGUUUUAAUUGGUGACUGGAUCUACAGGAAACCAAGAAAUAAAGUUGCUCACGCCUCGCUCUUCAUUCAGAAUGCUUCCGUCGCCGCCUGCUGUGUGGUCCGUGUGGUCCUGAUGCUGGUGUUCUCCUACAGGAGGGAGAUGGAGCAACUCCAGCAUGGCUGGCUCACUGUGGUCUGCUAUGCUGUGGUGAUUACCCUAGCGGCUGGGGCAAACCUGGCUGGCACUGCACUUACUAUCACCAUUCAGAGGGACUGGAUUGUGAGCCUCACGGGGGACAACAGAGGCCAGCUGGCUGGGAUGAACGCAGCAGUGGGGCGGCUGGACCAGGUCAUCAGUAUAUUUGCGCCCCUGUCCGUGGGCCAGGUGAUGAUGUGGGCAUCUCAUGUGACUGGUUGUGGUUUCAUUCUUGGAUGGAACUUGGUUUCACUUCUUGUAGGGUUUCUAUUUCUGUCCAGGGUUUAUCAACUAGUUCCCCAGUUGGCUGUGAAACCCCAGCGGCACACUGCGGGCUGCUUCCUAGAGAGGCAGCAGGAAGCCGUGCACAUCCAAGGUGAAACGGAGUUUUUGGAAACCACGAAUAGAUUCAUCAACACAUCUAGAACUCUGGAAAAACCGAAGGACCACAAUUCUAGCCUUGAAGAACAAGCAGCCACAACCAAAGAGCUUCUUCACUGCCUGCAAGACACCCGUAGGCUGCUCCACACAUGCCGGGAGGGAUGGGAAAUGUACUGCCGACAGACUGUCUUCCUGGCUGGCUUAGGUUUGGCUUUCCUCUACAUGACAGUUCUGGGCUUUGACUGCAUUACCACAGGCUAUGCCUCCACCCAGGGCACUGGAGGCUCUCUCCUCAGCAUCCUCACAGCCCUUUCAGCUGUGUCUGGCCUCAUGGGAACAAUUCUCUUUACCCGGCUCCGGAAGCAUUAUGGCUUGGUCACCACAGGGAUCAUUUCCAGUUGGCUCCGUUUAGGUAGCCUAACACUCUGUGUGUUUUCUGUCUUUGCUCCUGGAAGUCCUUUUGAUAUGGCUACCUUCUCCCUCCCAUUAAGCAAGAAUUCCUCUUCAAAUCAUGAGAUGCUAAAAGAUGGCCGGGCACAUGUUUACACCUUUGAAAGAAAUCUAAAUCAACCCAUCUUCCCCAAACGCUCUCCUAUCCACUGGACCAAUAGUACAGUCUUGUUUGAUGGCCAGCAGGACCCUGAGCAGCCUGACUCUUACAUCUCUAUCAUCUUGCUCUUCUGA